AGAAAACUGGAGCUGGCAGAAUGGGCUGAAUGAAGCAAUGGAAGCAAUUAGAAAAACACUAUACUGCUAUACUAGCCCGUAAAAUUUGCAGAGCCAGAGGAAGAUACGCGUGCGUUUUCAUGGCUAAAGCGCUGGACGUUCAAUGCAUUUCAAGAAAUAACUGUGGUCCAAUUUUGAUUACUGAUGAAUGGAGAAAGCUCGGAAUUUCUAAACAUCUUUUUGUCCUAGACUUACUCAACGUGAUUUAAUUACAUCAGCACGGAAAUGAGCUUCCACGCAAACUUCCCGUGGCUGAAACCAUCGGCUUUCACAGAAGACGCACUGUCCUUAAGUCAAGAGUCGCCCACAGAAGACAGACUGCAGUGCUUACUGAACAGCAGCAUUUCAUUCUACCUGCCGAUUUCAUACCAUCGCUCCAGUGCAUUUAACGGGAACGUAAGAGACUGUGGAAAAUUAUUUGCCCAUGCGGCCCAGUUCAUUCUACACAGCGAAGUUCAUGAAGUUGGUUUUUGGAAGGCAGUGGACUCGAUCCAGGCGGCGAAGCAAAACUUCCCAACCAAUUCCGGGUUCCUUGACGAACAAACUAAGUUGGAAGUGUUUAACAAACGGCUGGAGGAAUGCAGACACGUUAACGAGUAUCUUUUCGAGCCGAAGAUUCUCUUGCAGCUGCCGUACUUUCCAGCGGUGUUUCACCAAUGGCUCUGCGCUUUCACCGUUCAGUGGUUUCAGCUGAAGAAAAAAUUUGAUUUUCUAUAUUUGAAAUUACACCCUACAAGUUGCAUACCCGCCAUAGUAGAAUUGACCAAAUUCGUGCACAAUACGGAAAGAUUUAUUUCCUGUGGUUUUAGUAUUUUGGGUCUCUUAGUUAAAAACUAUCCCAAUCGUAGUCAAGAGCUAAUACAAUUGAUCAAGGAAAGGUUUGUACCCAAGAUAGGACAUUUCAGGGACUUUUUCGAAAAGAGAGACUUCCUUGACGUAGUUUGUUUGUCUCUUCGCAUUUUCAUCUACACAAACUAUGGUAGAGAGAGUUUACUGAGCGUGUCAGUGAAGGAAGAAUAUGCUGAAGACGUACAAAUCAUGGGAAUCAUACAUACCUAUCAAGGGAGCUUUUUGAAGGAUGGUUUGUUUAACAACAGAGCAACGAGUUUGAUCAAAAUCGAGCGGUUGCUUAUGUUUGCAAAUGACAACGAACAAUAUUUGAAAUGGGAUGACAAUCCAAUGCAAAAAGUGGAGGCGCUUUACCGCCGUAGAGUAGACAGGGGCAGACGUUUUUACUUUGGAUUUCUCAUGGAGCACUUAGUGGAGACUAAAUUAUUGAGAGGCCUCACGUUGCCCGAUUUGCAAAUCAGCGCAACAGUGCAGAGCGUUGUGGAAAAGAUAGAGGACCACGAGCACAAAAAGUCAUAUUUCACAGAGCAAAGCUUUCAUAUGAAUGGCCACGCAAGUGCAUUGUGCAACAUUAUGAUUAAAGAACAAAUGCAGGCAGACAUGAUUGAGAUCGUUGGAAGAAUUUUCCAAUUUCAAUUAGUUUGCGGGAAGCAAGUAGAAUUUGACAUUUCAGAAAACGUGUGUGCCAAAUUUUCACUGCCUGACAGCAUCUGCAUAUUGAAAGAAGCUACUUCAAAGCCUGACCUCAAGCAGAGCGAGUUGAUUGAUAAAGUCAGAACAAAAUUCCAGUUUGACAACAAUAAGAAGGACUCAGCUACAAAGAAUUACUUCGACAAGAGAGCAGAAGAAUUUAUGGACAGGAUCAACCAGCUUAUCGUCGCGAUUCUUGGAGAACACGCCAAACAGGCCGGAUUGCAUUUUGAGGGCCAAAGAAACCUCCUGUGGAUUCAAUAUAUUUUGCCGUGUUUUGUCUCAUCCCUAAUGUCUGCGAGGAAAAUUCAAAGAUUUAAAUCGGAUAACCUGAACAAGCUGGUUGAGUUUAUCAAUAAUUUUAUUGGUCAGUUUGAGGAAGAUCUGACAACUCCACUUGCAAAAGGUUCAACAAAUUAUGAUGUGCACAAAAGUGGAGACCACAUCGAAAUCCUGGAUAUUCUUUGGCAAGAAGUUAAGUUUGAGGUAAAUGUAUACAUUUUCGACCGUUUUACUACCGAAGCCAGUUUUGAGGCAAUACCUGGCUUUGGCGAACUGGAGAAUAUAUUUACUUCUUUCCUGUACCACCAAAGUUACAUUCACCAAAAAUUUGUUGAAGUCAAUGACAGCUGGGCGUUACGCCAGCAGUGGUUUUUGAAACGCAUCUUAAAGUCUGUUAGAACAUUAGAGAUUUGUGAAGACCCGAAAGAAAAUGCCAGAGGCUUGUUGCGAGUGCACAAUUACUUUAUUGCAGUUCUGUACCGAUGCGAGAAGCUACCAAGACUUACUUAUUGGUUAUUGCGACACGUUCAUAAAAAAAUUCUGUCUUUAAAAAGAAAGCAGCCUUUAAAGGGCAUUGAUAAAAACAUGGGAGAACUGAAAAGAAAAGCCAUAGCUGAAGCUGAAAACUUGAGCCUGCGAAAAACGUUAGGCAUUGUUCUUUAUGCAUUGGCAGAGAUUUCAAAAAACAACGAGGUUUUGUCUCUUGACAAAGAUUGCUGGGACGCUGAAACUAGGCAGUUUUUAGAAAUAUACGAAUCGCAAGACUGGGCAAGCUUACGCGAGUUUUUAAUGCCAAUUUUUAGCGGAAACGGCAGAAUCGACCUUACCCUAUUUGAUUACAACGAGUUGAAAAAUCAGUUAAUUACCAUGAGGAUGAGAAAACGAAUAUUAAAGGGCAGAUUUGUCAUGAAAUUCCCAGGAGAGAUCAGUAUGCUGCCUCUUAAGCACUGUCGCUGGUGUGGAAUUUUAGAAACUCCAAAGAUAAAAUUGAAAAUGUGUUUUUGGUGCAAGGAAUUCAUGGAUUACCCAAAUGUCACGUGGUUUUGCAGCGAAAAUUGUGAGAAACAGUGCAAUGACACUGUUCAUGUUGAAGAACAUGAAAAGUUUAUAAUUUCAUGUAUACGUUUUUAAAUUUACAUGAUGUAUUCAAUGUUAAUUUUUAUAUUGUUCUUGUACUUUGAUAAUAAAUAAAACUUGUUCAUCCGCGA